CAACCGCAUUGUUGUUGGGGGAAGAGAAGCUCGCUCCGCCGCUUCCACGAACGGUCCCGUUGAGCAGCAGCCAGCCCCCCCUCCCCCCGGUUAGAAGGACCGACACCCUAAUACAUUUUAAAAAAAAACACGGCACCCGUCGCCCUGGAUACCCGUCGCGGCCACGCGCAGGUUUUCACUCGGUUGAGCGCGAGCCGCGGCCGUUUGGACGAGCGGACCGAAUGUGGAUUUAACUGCCUCUCCGCUCCGCAGGCCGCGCCGCCGCCAUUGCUGCCGUCUCCACACGCCGAAUUCGUGAAAAUACCCGGGGUCUUUACGGCUUCGAGAUGAAGAAGAAAAGUCGGCACCACCGACCCGCGGUGCUGAAGAGGGACUCGUCGCCUAUCAAGCCGUCGGCCAACCGGGAGACGCUGACGUACGCGCAGGCCCAGCGCAUCGUGGAGCUGGAGGUGGACGGCCGCGUCCACCGGCUCAGCAUCUACGACAAGAUGGACGUGAUCGGCGACGACGACCCCACGGCGCAGGAGAUCACGGAGUGCAACAGCAACAAGGAGAACAACGAGAAGCCCCAGCAGGUCCUGGUGCGCUCCGUGCGCCUUAAGAACAACCAGCAGAAGAAGAACGCCGCGCUCCAGGCCACGCACGGCGGCACCGGCGGCCUGCUGGAGCCCAAGGUCAGAACGGUGGAGUACAACCUGCCGGUGGUGCCCAAGAGGCCGGCGGCGUAUUACAAGUACACGGAGAGGACGCCGGAGGAGCUGGACGAGGAGGUGGAGUACGACAUGGACGAGGAGGACUACGCCUGGCUGGAGCUCAUCAACGAGAAGAGGAAGAGCGAGGGCGUCAGCCAGGUGUCCUUCAACCUGUUCGAGUUCCUCAUGGACCGCUUCGAGAAGGAGUCGCACGCCGCCACGCGGGGCCAGAGCGACCUGCAGUCGCUGGUGGACGAGGACGCCGUGUGCUGCGUCUGCAUGGACGGCGACGGCGCCGACAGCAACGUCAUCCUCUUCUGCGACGCCUGCAACAUCGCCGUGCACCAGGAGUGCUACGGCGUGCCGUACGUCCCCGAGGGCCAGUGGCUGUGCCGCCACUGCCUGCAGUGUCCGUCGCGGCGCGCCGAGUGCGUCUUCUGCCCCAACCGAGGCGGCGCCCUGAAGAAGACCGACGACGAGCGCUGGGGCCACGUGGCGUGCGCCCUGUGGGUGCCCGAGGUCGGCUUCUCCGACACCGUCUUCAUCGAGCCCAUCGACGGCGUGCGCAACAUCCCGCCGGCGCGGUGGAAGCUCACCUGCUACCUGUGCAAAGAGAAGGGCGUGGGCGCGUGCAUCCAGUGCGACCGCAUCAACUGCUACAGCGCCUUCCACGUCAGCUGCGCCCAGCGGGCCGGCCUCUACAUGAAGAUGGAGCCCGUCAAGGAGGUGACGUCGUCCGGCGCCUCCUUCUCCGUGAAGAAGACCGCCUACUGCUGCAGCCACACGCCGGACGGCUGCGACCGCCGGCCCCUCGGCGUCUACGACUCGCCGCACGCGAAGAACGGAGCCUGCCACAAGAGGGCCGACAAGAGGGGCAAGUCCCGGGCCAAGGGCUGGGCCAAGAAGAAGAGCAAGAGAGGCGAGCUGGAGCCAGAACCGGAGACCGAGACCCCCACCAACUCUGGGCCCAGUAUCACCGCUUCAAGUUUCGACACCAUCCUGAACCAGGUGGCGGUCCAGAGGAAGCGCGUGUUCGUGGAGCGGGUGCUGAGCUACUGGGUGCAGAAGAGGCAGUCGAGGAACAACGUGCCGCUGAUCCGCCGGCUGCAGGCCAACCCUCAGCCGCCCAAAGUCAAGCCGAUGGACCGCGUGGAGACGAACCAGGCGCUGAAGGAGCAGCUGAAGGAGUGGCACCGCCUCCGCCACGACCUGGAGCGAGCUCGCCUGCUGCUGGAGCUCAUCAGGAAGAGGGAGAAGCUGAAGAGGGAGGAGAUGAAGCUGCAGCAGUCGGCGCUGGAGGUCCAGCUGACCCCGUUCAACAUCCUGCUGCGGGCCGUGCUCAGCCAGCUGCAGGAGAAGGACCAGUACAGCAUCUUCGCUCAGCCCGUCAGCGCCAAGGAGGUUCCCGACUACCUGGACCACAUCAAGGACCCCAUGGACUUCUCCAGCAUGAGGAAGCGCAUCGACGCCCACGACUACCGGAGCCUGGAGGAGUUCGAGGCCGACUUCGACCUCAUCAUCUUCAACUGCAUGAAGUACAACGCCAAGGACACGUUCUUCUACCGGGCCGCCCAGCGCAUGCAGGACCACGGGGGAGCCAUCCUCCGCCGGGCCCGCCGAGAAGCCGACCGGAUCGGCUUCGACUUCCCCAGCGGGUUGCAUCUGCCCGAGACUCCGAAACUGGAGACGCCACCCCCCUUCUCCUGGGAGGACGUGGACCGGCUGCUAAGCCCCGCCUACCGCCAGCUGACCCCUCUGGAGGACCAGCUGAGGGAGCUGCUGGAGAAGCUGGACCUGAGCACGGCCAUGAAGCACAGCCCGUCGCGCAGCAAGAGGCUCAAGCUGCUCAAGAAGACCAUCACGGAGGUCCGCAGCGAGCUGAGCCUGAAGAAGUCCUUCCGAAAGCGCAGCUCCACCCCGACGGAGGCGGAGGAGAAGCCGCUGCCCGAACCCGAACCCCCGGCGGAGCCCCGCGCGCCGCGGGAGGCGGCGCCGCUGUCCCCGCACAUGUUGGAGCUCUUGACCUCGCUGUCUCGGAUCGACGCCUCGGAGCCGCCGUCCUCUCCGAAGGCCGCCAAACCCAGCACGGAUCGUUCUCCCUCGGAGCUCGACGCCGACACGCCUACCUCAGUGCCCACGGACGCGCCCAACGGCCACGGCCCGGAAACGCUGCUCCCCAACGGCGACGCCCACGCCCCCGCCGCGUGCAACCGGCGGAACAACGUCCUCUUCCGUAAGUCCAAGAGCGCCAGCCCCCAGAAACCACUCAAGAGCCACGAGGCGUCUGCUGCGCCGCCGCCGCCUUCCCUGGGCGCCAAGACCUUCCUGUCGGUGGUGAUCCCUCGGUUGGAGACGCUCCUCCUGCCGAAGAAAAGGCGGCGCAGCAGCAGCGCGGACGGCGAAGAGGAGGAGGACGAGGAGUCGCCGAUAAAACGCCUCGGCACGGGAAUAGCAAACGGUUUCGUGGUGGAGGAGGAGGACGCCGCUGCGGCUCCACGCCUGCUGGAGCCUCGCCGCCGCUGCGCCUCCGAGUCGAGCAUCUCCUCCAGCGGGAGCGUCCUCUGCGGCACGAGGUGGCUCACUCCUAACCAAUCAGGGACCAGCGUAUCCGUCUGAACCCAACAGCAGUCGCCUCUGACGCGUAGCCAGCGGAGCGGAGCCAAUCAAAAGCAAUCGGCGAGGUCGGGUUGUAUCGGUAAGACACGCACAGCUUGACAACGCCCGCUAGUCCCGCCCCCCUGCCGCCGAUUGAUUGAUUGAUUUUAAUUGUUCAUCUUAUUAAAAUGACGUAAUGACAGCCGGCGCGAGGUGUGCGAAAGGGAACCUCUGAGUCUUUAACUUGGCUCGGGCGAUCACGUGACCGCCCCAAAUAUCAGAGGCCGCGCAGAGUGAACGCAGCUCAUUGGUCGGUCACUUCCCCGCAGACCAAUCGGUCAACUCCAUCCAGGUGGAGGGGGCGGAUUCAAAGGUCCCGGACUCCGCUAACAACAACCCACACCGCCAAUAAUCAAAGUGUUUUGAGCCAUCGGGAUAUUGAAGGAUUGUUAAGCGUGUCAUGCAACAUAUGAUGUUAUAACAACAACAACAACAACAACAACAACAAGUUGUUUUAAAUGAAUGGCAUUUCAUAAUCGGCCAUAUUAAGAAGGUAUGUUGAUGUGACCACGUUCUAAUGACGCUGCAGGUCGACGUCAUCCUUCACCGUCAUUUAAUCUAACCGUUGGCCUUAAAAAGAAACAACAACAACAACAACAACAGCCGUGUUCCUCACCCAGCUCUCCCCUCGUC